UUUCAGUCCAAUUUCAUUCUCGUUCGUUAAUUUUACCGCCUUGUCUGAGAAUCGUGUAAGCGGCUUGCGCAGUGUGAAUUUUAGUAGUUAAUUGUGAUCCGCCUGAUAUUAAAUAUUACUCUUAAGUUUACUAAGCAUUGACUAAGUUGUUAUAAAUAACUAUCAAAAUGUUUUGGGGACUUAUUAUGGAACCGAACAAACGGUACACCCAAGUGGUGGAGAAGCCGUUCCACAUUUCGCAAGCGGCGAUGGAUAUAUCGACAGGUGAUAAUGACCCUUGCCAAGUGAUGGUGGUGGUUGAUGGCAAAAACUUCCUCGUCUGCACACUCCAGAAGAACAAGUGCAUACAAGUACCAUUAGAUUUGUACUUCAAGAUGGGAGACUCGGUUGCAUUUUUAACUAAUGGUAAAUGUAAUGUCCACUUGACUGGAUACUUGGACCCUGAGUUUGAAGAAGAGCAGUCUGAUGAAGAAGAGGAAGCAGAGUCAGAGGAGGAAGAGGAAGCACCAGCACCCGUGUCUUCUAAGAACAAGAGGAAGCAGCUGGAUAGCAGCACGGAAUCUUCUAGCAAUAAGAAGGCCAAGAAAGAAAAGAAGGGUAAGAAAGCUGCUGAGGAAAGUUCCGACUCUGAUGAGGAAGAGGAUGAUCUGCAGAAGUUCCUUGAUGGAGAAAUAGACACUGAUGAGAAUGAUGAAUCAUUCAAAGUCAAUACAUCCGCUGAAGCUGAUGACAGUGAGGAAGAUUCUGACGAAGAGGAAGAAGAAGAGGAAGAAGGUGAGGAAGAUGAUGAAGAUGACGAUGAGAAUGACAAGGGCGAGAGUUCUGAGGCGGACACCACUCUCGACACAAGCAAGGACGAAUCUAAAGUGGAUAUGUCCAAGUUGACCAAGAACCAAAGGAAACGACUCAGAAAGAAGUUGCAACAAGCAAAGACACCGCAAGUGAAUGGUGUUGAGAAAACUAAGGAGAAGCCGGAAGCACCGCAAAAGGCUGAGAAGAAGAAGGCGGAACCCAAAAAGGAAGAGGAAAAAGGUGAUAAGAGGGAGAAGAAGAACUUGAGUGGUGGAGUGGCCAUUGAAGAUCUUAAAGUGGGCACAGGAGCAGUCGCCAAGCCUGGCAAAGUUGUUACGGUGUAUUACGAAGGUCGUUUGAAGCAGAACAACAAGAUGUUCGACAACUGCUUGAAGGGCCCAGGUUUCAAGUUCCGUCUGGGAGCUAAGGAGGUGAUUAAGGGCUGGGAUGUUGGAGUUGCUGGGAUGAAGGUCGGCGGCAAGAGGAAGAUCGUCUGCCCACCAGCGAUGGCGUAUGGUGCCAACGGUUCUCUGCCAGUGAUUCCGCCAAACUCAACCCUCACGUUUGAGGUGGAAUUGAAGAAUGUUAAAUAAAGUUUUCAUUUACCCGAGUUUCCUCGCUGAUUUUAUGAUUGUAAAUGAAUGCUGUGUGCAUUUAUAAUGUGCCAAUAUGAAGUAUCUGCAAAUUGUUAACAAUAAUAGCCUUACAAAUAAACGUGGUAUAAAGUUUAAUGUGGAAUAAACUGAGUAUAAGCAAAAUUACUUCAAAUUUAGCUUUUUUAACUUUAUACCGCGUAUAUUAAGGCUGUAAAAUCUAGUAAACAGUUAGCAUUUGCAGAUUCUUCAUAUUAAAUAUUGAUAAUUUUUUUAAGUCAUUUUAAGCUAAGUAAUACUUAAGACAAUUAUUGGCCAAUGUUUGAUCAAAUAUUUCGUUGCCUGAAGAUAAUAAAAAUCUGUAAAUGGAACUUUUUUAUGGUACAUUAUUUACUUUGUAUGAGAGAAAAUUUAAGGCAUAUUAAAGGCUGGCUGUGAUCUUGAAUUAAAUUUUAUGUCAUGUAAAAUGUUAAAGGUAUUGCCAACCUAAAAAAAUAGAUUUUUAGUAUUGCCAUCGUUAAAAAUUAUGGUUAUAAGGUAAAAAAAUCAUUUUUAUCAUGUGAAUACUAUAUUUGAUCAAAUAUAGGCCAAAACGUAUACUAGUGGACUAGCAUAAAACAUAGGCAACUUAGUUUACUUAUUGUAAUUGAUUAAAAUGUGAAGAUGAAGUUUAAAUUUUUUUUAUCUGAUCAUUUAAUUUUUAAUUUUCUGUGCUUAGUUAUCGUAAGUAUACUUGACUUGAAAACUGUAAAAUAAACUUUUGAACACACA